UCAGUAGUUCUCUAAAUAAUAAUGAAUUUAUUCAAUGUUCAAGUUGAAAAUACUGAAUUUUAUGAGAUAUUUAAGUUAUUAAACAAGUAUUUUCUUGGAAUGGGAAGAACGAGGGGAAAAGUGUUGCACAUCCCAUUUUUCACAAUCAAUCCCAAAAUAAUUUCUUAGAGGAAGUUUGAAAUUUGUUUCAAAACCAUUCAAAUUUAACUUUGAUAGGAUAUUGCUCAAGUUCAGAAAGUUUUAUUAUUUUUCUGGAAAUAUAAAGCACCUAAAGUUUGAAAGCCCCUAUAGGAAGGCCUUAACCACGCAUAUCUGCAUUAAGAAGUAAACAAACAUGUUUAUUAUCCUGAGGCAAUAAACUCUCCUAUCAGAAGCCAGAUAAUCACCACAAAACGUGCUAAAACCCUAUCCAACCUAGAAACCUAUGCAGACCUUAAAAGAGUUUUAAACCCUGAGAUAAAUCAGCACGGCUGUUACUGAAACUCGCACAAGACUACCUGAAGCACAGAUCGCUGCGCACCGACUGCAGCGGGCCGGGCCGAUGGCCGUGCGCAGCUGCGGGGUCCCUGCGGGUCCCUCUGCCCGGCCGGAGCUCCCUACAGGCCCGGUUGUGCCCGGCCCGGGGCUCCCUCCACGCCUGGCUGUGCCCGGCCCGGGGCUCUCUCCACGCCCGGCUGUGCCCGGCCCGGCCGGGGCUCUCUCCACGCCCGGCUGUGCCCGGCCCGGCCGGGGCUCCCUCCAGGCCCGGCUGUGCCCGGCCCGGGGCUCUCUCCACGCCCGGCUGUGCCCGGCCCGGGGCUCUCUCCACGCCCGGCUGUGCCCGGCGCGGCGCACCCGGGGCCACCGCCAGGCCCGGCUGUGCCCGGCCGGGCCCUGCGUCGGCGGCCUCGGCCUGCAGGGGGCUCCAGAGGCACGACCUGCGCCCGGCCCGGCCCGGCCCGCACUCGCCGCCGAGGCUGAGGCAGAAAUUGGCUGUCAGGGAGCUCUGAACAUGGCGAGGCGGAACGCUGAGCGCUGGCUGUGCCUCGGCAUGGAGCGCCCUGCGUCCCUCCCCUUCUCCUGUGCUCCAGAUCGCUGCUUGGCAAAACUGCUCUGCGAACGAAGCCGAGAGCUACCACAAGCUGCUAAACAAUCCUUCUGACAUCCAGGAUCAGGAACCCGCCCGUGCCUUACAGAAAGGAACAGCUAACAACUAAUCCUAGCUAUCAGUGCAAGUGGAAUGAAAUCCCACAACUACAUCUCCAAGGCUGAACAACUUGCUUGCUGUAUAAAACCUGAUGUCACAAGCAACUGUGGCACUUAAAUAGGAGCCCAGCUCUAUGACUCUUCAGAUACAAUUUGAUGCCAAAACACUGCUCUGACUUCAAUGAACUUCUAGGACACCAGCCAGCAGAAUUCUAAUACAUUGGGGGAAUGUCUUCCCUGAUUAACUUCAGGUGGUCACCUCCAGCGCUGGAAAAAGAAAUCUAGCCUGUGCCCCAUACAUUUUUACUUUCUAAAAAGGCUUUGCAGACUCCUUAUCUACUGAGUGACAGGAGAUAUUUUCCCAAUAGCACAAUAAGUAAUUCACUUCUAAUAAAUCAUGAUGAAAAGAAAGUUAAUAUUGCUUGAGAAGUAAAAUAAAGCAAAAUAAACUAAAGUUCAGGCAUUCCAUCUGCCCUUAAACUAUAUAUCCCUCUCCCCAUCCCAAUCUUUCAGGAUGGUAUCAGCUGGCAGAAUCCAGAGUCACUGCUUCAGUUAACAUUGUGUCAGCCCUUCCUUCAGCAGCUGCAUUUCUUAGAGAUUGAUAGCUCAGCUGUAAAAAUCUGCUUCAGGGAGACACCUGAUAUCAAAAGUGUCAGAGAAGGGGAGAUUAAAAAGAGAGAAUUUACAAAAUAAAACCAGUUUUUCAGCUUUAAAGUUAUAUUGGUAUUAAAAUCCCCACACAUGUACAAGCCUUAAAUUUUUUUAUACUUCCAUAACUCAGUAUUACUUGGAUUUAAGGAGACAUCACAUUCUCUGUUCUGCUUCUAAAACUAUGUGAGAAGGAAGAAAAGCAACUGGUACCACUGCUUGUAGCCUUUGUAAAGCCCCACUCAUCAGAAAGGUGCAGAAAAUGAUGUAAUUUUCUGCCUCACUGGCAAAAGCCAUCUAAAGCAUCCUCAGCCACACACCAGCAGUGAGGAGGAAAAGCUUUCUGGUUGUUUCAUGGACACUGGCUGGCAGAAACCCUGGCAAAGCCUCCUAGGAGCAACUGCAGUGCCAGGCUGCCACACUGCUCCUGCAGCAUGAGGAGGAUUUAGCUGUGUGCCUUUGCAUCCAUCUGAACAACAACCAGCACCUGGGAGAAUGCCCUGUGCUACAAAGCCCUUUUUCUAGUCUAACUCGUACAUUUUAAGCAACAUCCCAGCUGUCAAAUGCCACUAAAAUCCUGCUCUACCCCACUAUUCACAAUCACUUAUUUCUUUCACUGUUGUCCCUUCUGAGUUUUUUGUCCUCACCAAACUUGUAUUUCCAAUUAUAUUUUUCAUAUUCUUCUCUACUUUUCCAUUUUUGUCAGUAAAUCUCAUUUCUGCUUCCCACAUACAUUUUGCACAUCCUUGUAACCUAACAUUCAUAUUUUUGUCUGUGUGCUUAAUCUUAUAGCUGCUUAAUGUUUCCUGAUGCUUUAUUAAAAGUAUUAAAAUCAAUCAUCUCCAUUACA